GAUCAGAUCUCGUUUCUAUCGAAUCACUAUUACCCUUGCUCCCUUCUUCAAUUUACCGAUCCCCAUCGUGGCCGCCAUGCUGUACUUGUUCAAGCUGCAUCUCCACCACCUCUUUCAAUCAUGUUUCAUUCAAGCUGUUCGCCGGAGUUUAUCCUGCUUUGCGCAGGUUAUAAGCUUGCUUUCCCGCCCCGUGCUUUCCCCCCGGAGAGGUUUUUGUAGUGGCUCUCGAAGCAUUCGUGACCGAAGGGUUCAUCUUUACCCACAACAAUAGCAAACUACUGAACGCGUCAAUGCUCACCUUGCAAUGAGCGCGAGAUUCUGACUGCAAUCUACAAAACAACGAGUCACCCUCCUACCACCUAUUCUCGCGAAAGAUACCGAAGCAAUGCUCGACUCCGAUUUCUCGACAGACGUGCCAAUGUGGUUUCCAUUGGACUCGUUAGACAACCAGGCUUUCGCUCUGGACCCGGAGCUCGCCGGCGAAGACUUGUACGGGAAUCAGCUGGGUGUCAAUGAAUUCGACCUUUCGUCUGCCCAUCUGUUGAGCCCCGAGCUUUGCGCCGACUAUGAGUCGGCAAUGGCACAAGCUGCUUCGGGCCAAUUUCGGGUACCCCAUGUAUCAGGGAUGCCAGAUACGCCAGCUUCCUCAGGAUUCGUGGAUAAACUCACCUCGAUAUUUGAAGAAUCCACUUUCAACACUACCCCCAAUUCGAAGUCUUUCCCCGCCCACCUCUCCCUCGAUGACCUUCUCCGUUCGACCUCCCAAUUAGCCACCGAGCGAGCUCUCUACAUGAACAUUCCGGGAGCUAUCUCGUCACCACAGUCGUCAUCGCACGAUAGCUUCAGCGCUGGGCCCCCAUUCGGCCAAUCGCCCGUUGCGCAAGAGCCCUGCAGCUCGCCGGGAAUGAGCCAUCAAUCAUACAGUGGGAGUGAGGGAGACUGGGAACGGGAGUGCAAUUUGAGAGAGCCCGCACAGUACUAUCGGCUUCCAGACAUGGCACUGUCGGACAGCCUGCCGCUCCCUUCUUACCCCCUCGAUGGGAUGAUGAUGUCUGAGCCUCUGUUCAAUGACCCACACCCACCUACGAUUGCGUUGCAAGCAGGUUCGGAGCAGACUUGCACCGGCGGGGUCAAAGGCAAGGCCAGGGAAGGGUACACUGGAAUGAAUAAUAACAAUGGACUGAAAUCUUCCAAUGCGAUGGAAGGACUGACCCCGCUGGAAAUGCCUGACGGGAGCACCCGGUUCACCGCAAAUUGGCUCCCCGUGGACCCUGAAGGGGGCUUCACAAUCCGAGACCCCUCCGUCGACCAUUUCAACCAUCUCAACGAUGACCCUCUGGACAUCGACCCGAUGAUGGAGUGCUAUGCGCAGAAUGCAUUCAUCUCGGUCCCCACGGAUACUGGGUUCCCUUGA